GGCAUGCCUAAAAACAAAAGAGGAAACUAAAAUGACAAUAAGGGUGACCUUCUUUGAGAAGUCCUAAAUAGUUCUUUCUCCAGCCAUAGAGCAGGACUCUAGAGCUUGUUUCUAGAUAGGCAGUCUUCCUAAGCUAUGCAAAGGUGUCUCAAAGUGAAGCCACUCCCAGGUCCAUCCACACUGGGUAUUUCCUAGUUCUGAUCUGAGGUUCAGGUAGGUAUAAAUGGUUGCCUGAUUGUGGAAGUCAUGUCAUGAUUCAAUUGGUGUGACUCAAAUGAUCUUCACAUACAUGGGGCAUCACUAUCAACUCUUUGUCAGGACAAACCAGAAAGUUAUUUUGUGGUCCUGCAUGAACUCGAGUCCUGCUUGUUCAGUGAUCCUCUAUGGCAGUGGUUCUCAGCCUUCCUAAUGUUGAGACCCUUUAAUACAGUUUUGGUGACCCCCCCCACCAAGAAAUUAUUUUGUUGCUACUUCAUAACUAAUUUCCUACUGUUAUGAAUUGUAAUGUAAAUAUCUGAUAUGCAGGAUAUCUAAUAUGUGACCCCCCAAAGGGGUUGUGAACCACAAGUUGAGAACCAUUGCUCUAUGGCCAUAAGUGAUCCACAGGCUCAUUCAUCCAUUAAAGAUUCACUGGACACUUACUACUCAGGACAAUUGGUCAAAAAGAGAAAUGGGCCCUGGGAAAACAAGACAGAAAUGGUCCCUAUGGAACCUUAUGGAAGUUAUCAUUGAGUGGGAAAGGAGGCAUGUUGUAACAAAGAACUAAAUGUGUAAUGACAACUUGAGUUCAAGUGUGAAGGGAAAAAAUAAAGUACACAGACAGAAAUAGUGUUAAACAGGGUACACUGGGAAAGCCUCUUUUAAUCAGUAGCCUGCCAAAGAAGCAAAGAGUAGAUAAGGGAUUAGGCAUGUUAAGUAAAGGAAGCAGAGAUUUCCUGAGAGCGGAGGUCUUGAUGGGUUUGGAAUCUGAAGGAGACCAAAGUAGCUUCAGAAAGAAGUUGGCUGGGAAGAGGAAAAGAAUCUAUUUGAAGAGUUAGAGCUGAGUUAGAUCAUUUAAUUAAGGCCAAAUUUGGGUCCAAGUGUAACAGCAAACCACUGAAGAACUUAAGCAAUGGGGAUGGGUGAGAUGGCCAGUGACUGGUAAGUGGAGAGAGAGGUAGGAAGAGACAUAUCAAUGGAAAAGAAAGUGAUUAACAUCUCUAAACUGCUCCUGCUGAAGACCUGGCAUUUUAAAAUCAUCUGUUGCCUUCCAAUCCUAGGGAUGUAGUCUAGAGGAAAAUUGGACAAAUGCAAAAGAGUGUGCACCAAAUGCUUAGCACAGCUUUUAAAAUAGAAAACAGAUUCCAGAUAAAUCUACGUGCCCAUCAGAACAGAAUAGGUACCAAAACUUCCUGCUAAUAUGUAUUUUUAAAUACCCUGUUUGUACCACAAAAAACAAACAAACAAAAACUAAAGAAAUAGCUGGACAUGGUGGUGUAUAGUUUUAACCAGCACUCAAGAGGCAAGAGGCAGGAGGGUCUUUGUGAGUUUCAGGCCAACCUAGUCUACAUAGAGAGUUCCAGGACAUAGACUCUGUCCUAAAAGACGAAAGCAGGGUGUAGCCUUGUCUUUACAAGCCUGAGUUCUCAGAACAUGGGAGGCUAGGGUGGGCAGAUUGCUUUAAGUUUGAGACCAGCCUGGGCUACACAAUAAUACCAGGCCAUAUAGCCAGAUCUGUCUUCAAACAACAGAAAUGCUGAUGUGUGAGGUAUGCUGUAAAAGAGAAGGUUCCACCAGUCAGAUCCUUGUUUUUAUGGAGACUAUCAUAAGAAUAGGAAAAGAGCCAGGCAUGGUGGCACAUGCCGUUAAUCCUUGCAGUUGGGAGGCAGAAGCAGUUGGAUCUCUAUGUGUUUGAGAGUCUAGUCCACAUAGCAAGUUCCAGGCCAGUCUGCCUCAAAAAAGGGGUGGGUGAAGUGUGACAAAGCUGGAAUAUAUAAUAAGUCUUUUAAGCAAGAGCAGGUAACCUCAGGUAUCCUUUUGGAGAGUACCAUGAUGUUGAAAACUGAUGUAGAAGAGCAGACUGAUUACAGAGGAUCAGAAGUGAGGAAGCUAUCUGAGUGGGCAGAUGAAAAAACAGUGCUUGUACUAGUAAGGGGGGCAGAAACAUACAGGUUUUAUGUAUAAUUAGAAAGCUGAACUCAUAGGAUUUAAUGUUUAUGUAAUACAGUACUUUAGGCAUUGUUCCAUAUGCUGAAGAUACAGCAGUGGGAAAAAGCAGAUAAAGCCCUUAUCUCGGGGUGGUUGUUGUAUAGCUCACUGGUAGAAUGCUUGCCUAGUGUAUGCCAGAUUCCAUAUUUGAUUCUCCGGUACCAAAAAAUAAUUAGUUCUCUUCACAAUUAAAUAGUAUGGUGACUAGUGGAUUCUAUAGCUCCUUCGUCCCUGCCUCACAAAAACUAUGAGGAACUUUGAGCCCUGGUUGCUUAAAAGCCAGCCAUUAUUAAACUGUUGCUAGGCACCACAGCUCCCUACAUAGACCAGGCUGUCCUCGAACUCACAAAGAUCCUCUUGCUACUGCCUCUUGAGUGCUGGAGUUAUAGGCAUGAACCACCAUGCCCAGCUAUUUCUCCAGGCUUUUUGCUUUGUUUUGUGUUAAGGGUACAUAUAGAAUUUUUAAAAAUAGGUAUUAGCAAAAGUUUAUGUAACUUUUCCAUGCUGAUGGACAUGUAGGUUUCUCUGGGAUCUAUGAUCAUAAACCUGUGAGCUGCUGGGAGGUAGUGGGGCACACCUUUAAUGCCAGCACUCAGGAGGUAGGGGUAGGAAGAUCUCUGAGUUUGAGGCCAGCCUGGUCUACAGAGUGAGUUCCAGGACAGCCAGGGCUACACAGAGAAACUCUUCCUUGAAAAACCAUGAAAACAAAACCAAACAAACCUUUGAGCUCAGUCUCCAGGAGGCUGUAGUGGGAGGAACAUGACUGUGAGACCAGCAUGGGCUACGUACUGUCUCAAAAAAAAAACAAAAAACAAAAACAAAACAAAACAAAACAAAAACAUGUUGAACCUUAAAAUUAAAUCUUUUUAAAAAUGAAUGCUGAAGAAUAUUCAAAAGCAUCACUUACUACUUAUUUUACUAUUAUUGUGCCCUGAGUUUCUUUACAUCUGUGGGGUAGGAAGACCACAUAGAUUCUAUUACUGCAUGUCUCAGGCCCACUCUCUGUUUCUAACAUUUGGUAGCUUGAUCAACUGUGAUAGGAGAAUUUACACUACAGAAGUCAGCAAAUGUUAUGAAUCAGGGCUUUCUCCCCCUAGAGAAUAACUGUUAAGUACUUACUAGCAUGGCCCUUCAUAAACUUAGGAGCACAACCUGGAAUCAGGAAGCUAUAGUUUAGGGCUCCAUUAGUUGCUAACAAUAUGAUUUGGCUAAGAUAUCUAAUGUUGGUUUCCUCAAUCAUAAAGUAAGACAAACAGUCCUGCCUCAGCCAUUUGUACAGCUAAAACAAAACACCUGAGGUGGAUGAUUUUAAAAUAAAUGUAUUUCUCACAGGUCUGGAGGCCAGGAAGUACAAGAUUAAGGUGCUGGUAGAUUUGGUGCCUAGUGAGGAGGGACUGCCCUUCACAUGGCAGAAGAGAGAAAAACCUUUCUAUCUGCUCUUUUUAUAACUUCAUUGUUCUAAAAACUUCCCCAUAGGUCCCAUCUCCCUCCCCCCACUUCUGCCUCAUUGGGGAGUAAACUUCUAGUACAUGAAUUUAGAGAGGAUAAGUACAUGCAAACCACAGGAACAAAAUAACAUUUAAUUAAAUAAAAUUUCACUAAGUGCUUAGUACAACAGCAAAUACAGGCACCUAGUAAAUGUGAAUAAAUUAUUUUCUACUCUUAGGGAGAUAGUAAUGGACUGUUUAGGGACAGAAGAGAUGUCUCAGAAGACCAGAGUGUGGUUCCCAGCAUCCAUAUCCAGAGGCUUACAACCGCCUAUAAGUACAGCUCCAGGGUUCCAACACUCCUCUCUGGCCUCCUCAGGUACCUGCUUGCACAUGGUACACAUAUGGACAAGCAAGCACACACAUAUGAAUAAAAAAACUAAAUAAAAAGGAAUGGACUAUUCAGAAGAUCCAUUAUAAAGCAAGAGAAAAUGUUUUUGUUGGAGAGGUUGAUUGGGAGCAGUGAGCUCUUUUUAGGUGCCUGGAGCUUUAUUUCUAAGCUCCCUAACCCCAGGAGUAAAGAAUCCAGUCUCUGCUCUGGAGUACACAGUGAAAGCAGCAGGCCUGGCACACUCAGUACUCAAUGGUCCCAGGAGGAAUGACUGAAGUCAGAUUAGUUUUAGGGCAGGUUGGACGUAGCUAUCCCAAGGGAUAAUGAGGUCAAUGUUCAGCUUAAAUAUAGAGCCUUGCAAUGCCAAAGGAUGUCCUAGCCAUUAAAGCUUUGCUGGCCUAUGUUCAAUCUUUCCUGGGGGAAGUCAAAAAGCUGUUGGUUGGGAGAAUUGAAAAGACUACACCAAAAAGGAAACGAUUGUAUUUUUCAGAGCUUGAAUUUCCCUGGAAAUCAAGCCAGAGACUGAGGUCUCUAUAACCCUUCUGAAUAGUGGAGGGUUACAGAGGACAGGGAGGGAGCAGAGAAGAGGAUGUGCCUCUAAACCCAUGUAACUAGGGAUUAGGAGGAGUGAGAGGGCAGGUCUGGAAAGCCCAUCAGCCAGAGGGAAAUCUUCCCAGCCUGUGGUUGAAGGUAGGCAUGCACUGGUGCCUGUGGUCUCCAGGGGGCGCCUGUGCACAACCAUGAACAAGCUUCGUGGUCCAGGCAGGAGGAGGGCUGGACUGAGGCCAAGCAGAGGUGGCUUCCUCUGGUGAGAGGAAUAAAAGCAAGGUCAGUGCUGUGGUGAGUGCUGGGGAAGAGUUACCUUGUGACUUAUGACCUGUGACCAGCACCAAAGUUGCCCACAAAUUCAUAGCCCAGAGUUCCCAAAUGGAUGUAAUUCUCUGCCUCACAGUUUUUGUCUAGAAGUUGGGCUUCAUUUGUGUUGCCUGCUUGUGAAACACUGUGGCGUUCUAGUGAGUCCCUGGAGGUAUUGCAUUUAAGCCACUGGAUGAAUGACUGGCAGACAGUUAGGAAACAACAAUUUUAAAGGGCCAUCAACACUUUUCUGAGGAGCUCUAUGGGAAGAGACUAAACUGUAAAAUGAACACCUAGUGCUGUUUCUCUUUUAAGGACUCUGCUAGGCAGAGGGAGACUGGCCUACAAAUUAGUAAUGGAUCCCCAGAAAGGCUAAAUACAGAGGCUGUGAGAAGAAAGAGAUCUAGGAGUACCAGCUACCAGUGCAGAUCCAGCCAAGAGAUGUCUUACGAUGGGAGAAGUGCCCAUGGGAAUGUUGCUGAAGCUGAAAGUGGGAGCAAGCCAGACUCAGAUGUAAUCGAGCGCUGCUCAGAUGGCUGGAGCUUUGAUGCUGCCACCCUGGAUCACAAUGGGACCAUGCUGUUCUUUAAAGGGGAGUUCGUGUGGAGGGGUCAUGCAGGGAUCCGGGAAUUAAUCUCAGAGAGGUGGAAGAAUUCCACCAGCUCAGUGGAUGCUGCAUUCCGCCGUGGUCCGGACAGUGUCUUCCUGAUCAAGGGAGACAAAGUCUGGGUAUACCCUCCUGAAAAGAAGGAAAAUGGAUAUCCAAAAUUGCUCCAAGAAGAAUUUCCUGGAAUCCCAUACCCACUGGAUGCAGCUGUGGAAUGCCACCAUGGAGAAUGCCAGAGUGAAGGCAUAAUCUUCUUCCAAGGCAACCGCAAGUGGUUCUGGGACUUUGCUACAGGAACCAAAAAGGAACGUUCCUGGCCGGCUGUUGGGAAUUGCACCUCAGCCUUGAGGUGGCUUGAACGUUACUACUGCUUCCAGGGUAACCAGUUCCUGCGCUUCAACCCAGUCACAGGAGAGGUGCCUCCCAGAUACCCUCUGGAUGCCCGUGACUACUUCAUGUCCUGCCCUGGCAGAGGCCAUGGUAGACACAGAAAUGUAACUGGUCACGGGAAUAGCACCCAUCCUAUGCAUUCACGCUGUAGCCCGGAUCCCGGCUUGACUGCAUUAAUGUCCGACCACCGUGGUGCCACCUACGCCUUCACUGGCUCCCACUACUGGCGUCUGGACACCAGCCGUGAUGGGUGGCAUAGCUGGCCCAUUGCUCAUCAUUGGCCCCAGGGUCCUUCAACAGUAGAUGCUGCCUUUUCCUGGGAUGAUAAAGUCUAUCUGAUCCAGGGCACUCAAGUAUAUGUCUUCCUGACAAAGGGAGGCAAUACCCUAGUAAGUGGUUAUCCAAAGCGGCUGGAGAAGGAAAUCGGGAGCCCUCCCGGGAUCAGCCUGGAGACUGUGGAUUCGACCUUUACCUGUCCCGGUUCUUCCAGGCUCUAUGUCACAGCAGGACGGCGGCUCUGGUGGCUGGACCUGAAGUCAGGAGCUCAGGCGACAUGGACAGAGCUUUCUUGGCCCCAUGAGAAAAUUGAUGGGGCCCUGUGUUUGGAAAAGUCCCUUGGCCCCAACUCAUGUUCGUCCAACGGUCCCAGCUUGUACCUUAUCCAUGGGCCCAAUUUGUACUGCUACAGCAGUAUAGACAAACUGAAUGCCGCCAAGAUGGUUCCUCAGCCCCAGCAAGUAAACGGCCUCCUUGGCUGCCGUCAGUAAGAAACCCUGAUGGGUAUUCGCCCAGCCCAGCCCAGCCACCUCUCC